AGUGUGCGUGUUUGUACUGUGUGUUUGGGGGAAAAAAUCUCAGGUAACACAGAAAGCAAGAGGUUUUAAAUCAAUUUCUUCAGAAAACCAAACGAACCACCCCUUUAAUCUAAAACAACAUUGUAAAUUGAGGCCUUCCACUUUCUCUCCCGACAGCAGAGCGGAUGUUUUAUUUGUGAAUUCCUCUUGAUUGACACGCCAAUUACUGGAUGAGUGUGAAUUGUUUCCAAAUCAUGCCAACAAAAAGACUCUGAAGUACCCCCUGCCCGAACCAAAAGGCCACGAGUGUCCACGGUUAAACAACCAUCAUUUUCAAGUAUCCUUCACAUACUCUCACCAUCUCUCACAAGGGACUUGGUGUUACGGUUUUCUGUACAGUACUACGGUUAGCUGUUACUCAAGUUGAAAGCUCUGUGACAAAAGGGGAACUUUGGCUGAAGAGCUUGCGGCUGGCUGGGUUGUUUUUGUUGAAGGGGUUCGUAGCUGGAGAUUACUAUAAACUACAAUAACGGCUGUAUCGAUCGUGGUUUAUGCCAAAACUGUUGAGCAUCCUAUCAUUUUUCGGUGUUCUUUAGUAUCGGCAAGGGAACAAGUUGUGAAGUUACGGCAAGGGAACAAGUUGUGAAGUUACAGGUGGGGAUAAAUUCAGGUUGGGAAGUGUGAGGUAGAGAAGUAUUUCUUGGAGUUGGGAUUCAGACUUUCUGUUUUGAGGAGUGAAGGAGGUUUUUAUAAGAGAGUCGUGCGGAACACUUUUUGUAUAAAGGUACACACCCUGAAACUCACUAUGACUUCAAACAGCACCCUCACACACUUGCUAACCAUAGCAGUUUGGAUAACGAUAUUAGCCAUUUCCACAGCGUGGGCUCGGCCCGGUGGUAGGGGCGGCCACACCGGGGGACAACCCGUGGACAGAUUGCCUCUGUUCCCGGACAAGUCAGCUUGGUGUGAGGCGCAGGGUAUACAGCAAGUUAUCAGCCAUGAAGGAUGCACGUCAAAGAAAAUUUCUAACAAGGUGUGUCUUGGUCAGUGUUAUAGCUACAGUGUACCCCGCACGAUGCCGGUCGAGCCAAACUCACAGCUUCAUUACUGCAGUUGCUGUAAACCUUCAAGAGCCACCUGGCAAAAGAUGCCACUGGAUUGCGUCAUAGAUACCGUUUCCCAAAAGGUGGACAAAUUGGUGGAGUUGGUGCAAGAAUGCGAAUGCCAGAGUUGUACUGGUACAACCUCAAGUGGAUUCGACGGAUUCAUUAAUCUGUAAACUUUAUCUGAGCGACCGAGGGCGCCCUAUAAACUCACAUCAAACCGCGUUUAACCUUUUAGUGAAGCCAUGGAGGAAAUGGUCAAGUUUUUUUCUUGAGACAUAACGCCGGGAAAUGUAAGGCACAAGGUUUGAAGUCGAAAAAGAAAGCCAAACAACGCCUGACCCACAAGACGUGAUUUUGAAUAGUUUAUGAGUGUGCCCUUACAAUUUAUUUCUUUAAGGAGAAAUGUCUUAUGUAUAAAUAUGAAGUAAUACACCACAAGGGAAAACUGGCGACUGAGUCAAAGUUAUAUCAUUUGGGGUUGAUCAAAGACAAAUUGACUUGAGCUGGAAUUAAACCUGCGACCCCCCCCCCCCCGGAUUCUGCCUACUGAGCUAUAAUGCGCACAAGCUGGUGUGAUGUAUCUUUCAGACAUGUUUUUUUGCGGGCUCAAUAUACAGACAGACACAGAUGUUGGCGGUCUUUACUAUUUUGUCAAUAUUUUGGUUUAGGGUGCCUGUCCCAAUCCUUUCAACCUGUUAUUGCCAUAUAUCAAGGGAUCCCACCAAAGUUUAUGAAUUCAACCUGGGAAGCGGCAGCAGAGGGAUUAAUUGUAAAUAUUUAUAACACAAAUAUGUACAUAUUAAAUAACUAUAAUUUAAAUCUUAUUAUUGUACCCGUUCCCUUAAAAAUGUAGCUUAAUCUUUUCAUGAUAAGGCUAUUUUUAUUCUAGCUUACCGUACAUCAUCACAUCAGUGCCAGUAUUAAAUAAAUUGUAACUCUAGAUAUUAUGUAACAUUUAUCUUUUUAUCUCGUAAGUAUAAGAUUUCAUCUGUAGAUAUAAACUGAGGCACAGUAUCGCUUACAUUUCUACAGCAAACAACGUGCAGGGCUUAUGGUUGUUCAAGUGCGGCCAUUUUGUUUCUGUUUGCUUGCAGUUCCUUGUGACCAAUAUGGGGAUGUUUAUUAAUGGCUAGAUGAUUUUGGCUAAGGUUAUGGCUUGAUAACCACACACAUACAUGCGAUGUGUUUAUGUUGUAAAAGUCACAGCCAUAGCCAGAUUCUAAAUUCAGCCAAAGCAAGACAGAAUCAUAAGAUUGCAAGCAAUGUAAUCCUCUCUCAUUAUGAUACACGACAUAAAUUAAUCACAUAGACAACGUGAUUUUGUGGGUAGAACAAAAAUUAUCUUGUCAAUUGCUUAUUUAUUUUCUUCUUUCUUUUCAAAAAAUAUGAUUUGUACAACUUCAUCUAUUAUAAACUGUAAAAUUAAUUUAAUAAUCUCUAUGCCAACUUAAAUUUUAUGUUUUAAGAAUAAAGCUCAACCCUGAAGUGAGCCUCGAUAA